AUGAUAUCCAAGUCUGAAGAAUUCGGCUGGACCGCCGUUCCUCGCAACCGGUCCAACGUCCCUUCUGCCGAAGAUGCCAAAACACAAGACGUUACGGUCAACGUGAGCGAUAUAUGGCCCGGCACGGAACUAGUGACGAAGGCAAACGACCAUGCUAAGCAACAACUACCUGGAGAUGUAUACGACCAUAGCUUGAGGGUGUACUGUUACGGAUAUACUAUAGUGACUCAGCAUUUCCCCGCCUGGGCUUCCGAGACCUUUUUCGAAACCUGGGCUCUCACUUGCCUCUUUCACGAUAUCGGCACGACACCUAGCAACCGCUCAGCUACCCAUCUCUCAUUUGAGUUUCAGGGCGGCUUCAUCGCUUUGAACAAGCUGCAAGAGCUUGGUGCACCGAAAGCCCAGGCAGAGAGCGUUGCCGAAGCGAUCAUCCGGCAUCAGGACCCUGGGGAGACAGGCAUGGUCAGUCAUAUGGUGCAACUUGUUCAGCUUGCAACCGAGCUUGAUAACAUGGGCUGGCAACCUCAUCUUGUGAGCACCAAAGUCAUCGAACAGGUUGUCAAACAGUUGCCUAGGAAAGGAUGGUCAAAUUGUUUUUCCAGGACCAUCGAGGUGGAAAUUGCAGAGAAGCCUUGGUGCCACACGACAUCAAUGGAGGGCUUUGCCGAGGCAGUGGCAGGGAACGAGUUGAUGAAGCGGUAUGAGUAA